AUGCUCAAAAAACUUGGUGAUGACUACAAGGAACUUAAUGAGAAUAAGAAACUCAGUAGGAACUACAUCAGCAUGACAAAGGACAUGGAGACCAUGAAUAAGAACCAGUUAGAAAUGAAGAAUGACAUAGCUGAAAUAAAGAAUGCCUUGGAAGUAAUCAACAGUAGAUUAAAUGAAGCAGAGGACCGAAUCAGUGAAUUUGAAUAUAAGCUUGACUUGAAAUUGAGCUGUGGGGAAGAGCAAGUGACCCCCGGGGAAGUUCCUGUGAAGAAGCAUAGCCAACAACUUGCUUCGUAUGGGAGUGAACCAUCUCGAAAGAGCGUUCAGACCCAGCCGUGCUGCUCCCGCAAAUGGUGGUCGCAGGGGGAAGGUUGCUCGGGACCAUGGUUGUUCUGGGCUAUGGUUGGCCGACAUGUGAGUGCCAUUCCUUGGGGCACCUUUGCCUCUGAAGCCCUUAGGCCUGCUGCUUCAAGAAGAACAUGCUUGACAGAUGUACUGUGGUCUGCUUCCAGUGGAGAAAAAUUGGCUUUAGCACCAGUUCCUCAUACAGUUCCCCAUGCUCCUGCCACCACCCAGCAUGCAGCCUAUGUUAAGAGCACAGCCCUUGUUGAAGGAGAGUUCAAAGAACUAAGCCUUGGUGACUUUAAGGGGAAGUAUUUGGUGCUCUUCUUCCAUCCUCUGGAUUUCCCCUUUGUGUGUCCUCCAGAAAUCACUGCUUUCAGUGACAAAGCCGAUGAGUUUCAUGCUGUGAACUGGGAAGUUGUCGCAGUUCCCAUCAAUUCCCACUUCAGCCAUCUCACCUGGAGCAACACACGGAGGAAGAGGGGUGGUUUGGGCCACGUGGACAUCGCACUGCUGUCAGAUCUGACUCAGCAGAUUUCCCGAGACCACGGUGCGCUGCGAGAAGGUCCUGGUGUUGCACUAACAGGUCUCUUCAUCAUUGACCCCAAGGGAGUCACCAAGCACGUGAGUGGCAAUGACCUCCCAGUGGGCCGGAGCGUGGAAGAGACCCUCCGCCUGGUGAAAGCAUCCCAGUUGGUGGAAGUCCAUGGAGAAGUCUGCCCAGCAAGCUGGACCCCGGAUUCUCCAACGAUCAAGCCGCAUCUGACUGCUUCCGAAGAAUACUUUGAGAAGGCAAAGCAGUAG